ACGAAAUCACAAUGGGAAACAAGAAUGGCCGACUGCGGACAGUAAAAACUUGUUGUCCCCCCCGUUAUCGAAUAUCCCGAUAAAAAUUAAAUUCAAGGCCCGUUCGAAGAGAGAAGCGAAAAUUGUCGCGCGACAAAAAGUUUCUCCGAACGAUGAAUAACGUGGACGUCUGUUUUCGGUAUUGGAGGUGUGUUGAGCAGCCAAUGGUGAACAAGAAAACAAAAUGCCGCGAUUAAAAGUUGCCGAGAUUCUGACACGUUUGCAAAUUUAAGAUACAAACGGUGAAUUCUCGUAACGCACUCUCGUGAAUGCGGGCACGUCGACAGCGUGCAAGGAUACACGAGUCGGAGCGUGUUGUUCGCUCGUGCGUUAGAGGGUGUGCGAUCGUUAUACAAACAUUAUGACGAAUUGCUGUCCUUCGAGUGAUACGAAGGGUUCUCUCCGUUUUUUUUUUUCACCGUCCGUGUGUUCCUUCGCCGUCGCGCGAUUACGCUAAACAUGUGCGGUCGUGAACGUAGGUGCAGUUAACAGAUCACGAAGCAGUCGUAAUCGCAGUGGAUCAACGUGAAACCUUCUUUUACAUAAUAAGCAUUAGGUGAUUGUAUGUCAAUCAUGAAGAAACAAUUCUUCAGAGUCAAACAACUCGCCGAUCAAACAUUUUCCAGAGCUGGCAAAACCGAAGUGCUUACAGAUGAUUUGCAAGCCGCAGAUAAACAUGUAGAUCAAAUUAGGAUGGCUCUCAUUGGAUUAAACAAGAGACUUGGCAAUCCACCGAAUCAGGCUAUGAUACAAGAUGUUGCGCUUAAAGAAAAACGAUUGAAAAAGUGCCCGGAAUAUGUAUUGGGACAAACAAUGUUAGAAAAUGCCCCUGAAGAUGGCCUCAUGGGUUUUACUUUAUCCGAAUGUGGUCGUGCGCAAAUGUAUUUAGCGAACGAAGCGAUUGAACACGAAGCGAAAGUUGAACAAUAUGUUGCAAUACCGCUUCAACAUAUUUUAGACACAGACGUACCAAAUAUUAUAAAGCAUAAAAGAAAUUUAGCCCGAUUAACUUUAGAUAUGGACAGUGUGAGGACAAGAUAUCAACAAGCCAGUAAACACAGUGCUAGUGCAGGUGCAACGAAGGUAGAUAAUUUAAGAGAAGAAUUAGAGGAGGCGGAAGCUAAAGUUGAACAAUGUAGAGAUCAACUGGCUGCAGAAAUGUUUCAACUUAUGUCACGUGAAACUGAAUUGGCACACACUAUUAUACAGUACGUGAAACUUCAAAGAGCUUAUCACGAAAGUGCGUUGCAUUGCCUCGAAGAUCUUAUUCCUGGAUUAGAAAGUUAUAUUAAUGAUAAUGAAAUGAAACCAGUUUAUGGCUAUCCUCUGGAAGAACAUCUCAGAGUAACUAACAGAAAGAUUGCGUUGCCCAUUCAAUUGUGUGUGUCUGCGUUGUUAAGAUUAGGUAUGGAAGAAGAGGGCCUUUUUAGAAUAGCUGGCGCUGCAUCGAAAUCGCGACGAAUUAAACUGAGUUUAGAUGCAUGCUGCCUCACAUUACCAACUGCUCUUGAAUACAAAGAUCCACAUGUAAUUGCUGGCGCAUUAAAAUCUUAUCUUCGAGAAUUACCCGAGCCUCUUCUAACUUACAAAUUAUAUUCUGAAUGGAUGGCAGCUGCGAAGAUAACUCAAAAUGAAACAAGAUUGAGAGCUCUCUGGGAGGUGUUACAUAAGUUACCACCUGCAAAUUUAGAAAAUUUACGGUUCCUAAUCAAAUUUUUAGCAGUUCUCACUAAAAACCAAGAUGUGAACAAAAUGUCACCACAAAAUAUUGCAAUUGUAAUCGCCCCUAACUUAAUAUGGAGUCCACAGGAGGAUGUAAAUACAAUGGUAAUGAAUAUGAGCACAGCUAAUAACUCUAGUCUUAUAGUUGAUCAAUUGAUCACGUAUGCAGAUUGGUUUUUUCCUGGUGAAAUAGAUUUCGAUCGUGAUUUGGAGGUCGGUAUUAUAAACUGUUCAGAAAAUCAAACCAUGAGUAUGCGUCGUUGCGUUUCCAAUAGUAGUCUUAGUGAUCACGGAGAAAGUCCUCCACAAGGCAGUCCUAAACCAGCAGCUCGCAGGAAAAACAAACCAGCUCCAACACCACCAAAUAGCACUACUCCGGAUAAACAUGAUAAAAAAUCUGAUGAUAAGCCACCACCGACGCCUGAUAAACCACCUAGACCUUUAACAUCAGGAACUCUUAAUCGUAUGAAAAAACACGAAACAACAAAUACUGAGUCAAUCGUAAAACAUGACAAUAACACAGAUAAGCAGGACGGAGGCAUAGAAACAGAAACUAAACAACACAAUAGUGAAGUAAAUGCACUUAUAGAUUCUUCGUCAAUUGAUUGUUCAGAUCGUGUUAACGAAGUACAAGAAGAUUUACAUAAUACGAACACGGAAACUGAAAAGGUUAACCAAGAAAAUCAAAAAGCUGAAAAGAAAUUAUACACUCCUGUUGCUCUUGAGAGAAAUACCAUAGAAAAUGCAGUAUGCAAUAAAUCUAUUAUAGAAGUAGAAAACUCAGAAAAUUCUACACAUAAAUUGAAGGUAUUACCAACUGAAAGACCGCUUCCCUCUACACUAGAGAGACGCAGACCAGUAGCUGCUCCAAGAAGCAUAACCAACAUAGUACAUAAUACAGAAGAAAUGGUCGAAUUACGUAAGAAGACGGACAAUAAUCCUGUAUAUACAAGCACACUUGAUAGAAGUAGUAAACCAGCUAUUCCAGAACGACCAGCCGGAUUAAUUCGACCUUCGAGUCUCAUUAAACAACAACCACGGCACAGCAAUGAGAACUUAGACAGCGAAACAGGGCCUUUAACUUUGGAAAGAGCUCAUGUAUAUUCAGUGGACAAACAACAGGUCAGUAUAAUACAAGUGCGUGGCAAUGGCAAUGUGUUCUGCACCUCGGGCAACAACAAUGGCAACGCGGCUUCGAACUUACAGAGAAGCCCCAGUGUAGGUAGUCGACCCUCGUCUAUGUCCUUGUACGGCGAACGACCGGAAAAGCCAGCCAAAUUGAACGCUCCAGAACAAACGAAAGCUCAUGUACGAACCAGAUCAGAAGGAAAUAUUAUCGAUGUGCAAACUCAGACUGAGACGGUAGUUGUUGUCAAAUCACCGCAACAACCUGUUCCGGCCUCUCCAAGAUUUCAUCAAAGGCCUCCGCGACCACAACCGCCGCCACCACCUCCACCCACCGCGCGAAUUAAAUCAGAACACGAAAGUACUAAUCUCUAGAAUUAAUUGUGUAAAAAGUGAUUACUACAUUCAUAAGAGAACUUUUAAAUUAAUAUUUAAAGAAAGAAA